AGAAGCAGGGAGGUCUUAGGUGUGGGGAAGUGAUUGGAAGUAGGGAAAAGGUGAGGUAAUCAGUGUUCUGUGCAGGCAUAUCAGGGUACAUGCUUCUUCGUGGGAUAUGUGUUCAAAAAUGGAGACACUUAGCAUGAUCCGAGGGUGGAGGUUUUGGCCCUCUGACAUCAGGCGGUCAUUCAUCAGACACGUGUGCAGGCCCAGUUUUUAGGGUCAGCGGUCCCAACCGGUCUUGGCUGCCUUGAACUGGACAAGAGCUGACUCUAGGUUUCUGGAAAACAGCUUAAGUGCCCAUUGAUAUAGUGACCCAUACGUCCGAGGUGUAACCUAUAGGGGACAGUUAGUAACUCAGGCAAAGCUUGGUAACUGAGGGCGGGUUCAGGCGGGGGUUUACCAGGCUGUCCCUGGGCUGCUGCUCUGUAAGAUGAGCUCGAGAAUUCCUGUUAGUCAACACUGUCUGCUAACCCUGUGGAACAUGGUUUCCGUUCCUAGAGUAGUCAAGAUCAUAGAAAGUGUGGUCCAUGCUGGUUGUCAGGGAGUCGUGGUAGGAGGAGGAUGGGAAGUUACUGCUCAGAGGAUAUAGAGUUUCAGUUCUGCAAGAUGAAGAGUUCUGGAGAUGAAUGUGACUGCUGGGAAUGGUUACACAGCACUGCGAAGUAAGACUCAGCGAGAGAGAUGAAGUGAAUUGUUCACGGACAUCCAGAUAUUGAGAGAAGAAGCUCUACUGAGACAGACUGUUUUGUCCACAGCCCAUUUCUCGUGUCCCACCUCUCCAGGAGCAAGAGAGCACAUGCGAUGGCACCAGAAAGCUCCAGGGGGAGGAAUCCAUCCUGGGUCAAGAAACCCCUGACCAGAGGCCUCUCCCUGGAGGACCCCGGCAGAGGCACAAGAGUCCCGGGACAGAGCAGGUCCUAGAGUGGCUGUUUAUUUCCCAGGAGCAGCCGAAGGCAAAGAAGACCUGGGGACCAUUGUCAUUCAUGGAUGUGUUUGUGGACUUUACCUGGGAGGAGUGGCAGCUGCUGGACCCAGCUCAGAAGCACCUGUACAGGAGUGUGAUGUUGGAGAACUAUAGCAACCUGGUGUCCCUGGGGUAUCAACACACCAAACCGAAUAUCAUUUUCCAGUUGGAACAAGAAGAGCUGUGGAUGAUGCAAAUUCCAAGUGAGGGCCAUAUGGACGAAGUCUGGGAAAUUGAUGGUCAUAUGGAAUGGCAUAAGGAAAAUCAAGGCAAGCUAAGAAGUAUGUCAAAAGGCUAUCAGUGUACUGCAUUUGGAAAACUAUGUCUUCUUAGUACAGAUUAUGUUUCUUCAAGACAAAAACUUCAUAAAUGUGUCACAAAUGGAAAGAGUUUGAAAUAUAGUACAGAUUUCGGUAAUAAUUAUUCCAGAAAGAAUCCUAAUGGGUUUCAUGCACAUAGGGAAUCGUCCUUCCAUUCUAAACAUGAGCAAGCUGUUAUUGGGAUAAAAUACUGUGAAAGUAAUAAAUCUGGAAAAACUGCCAACAGAAAGUCACAGCUUAUAUGCCAGCAAAUACGUAUGGGAGGAAAGCCCUUUGAUUGCAGUUACUGUGGGAAGGCCUUCAGCAGCAAGUCAUACCUUGUGGUGCAUCAGCAAACUCAUGCAAAAGAAAAACCCUACAAAUGUAAUGGAUGUGGGAAAGACUUCAGCAGCAAGUCCUACCUCAUUGUUCAUCAGAGAACUCACACAGGAGAGAAACUACAUGAAUGCAGUGUUUGUCAGAAAACUUUCAGUUUCAAUUCACAACUUGUUAUACAUCAGAGAAUUCACACGCGGGAGAAUCCCUAUGAAUGCUGUGAAUGUGGGAAAGUCUUCAGUAGGAAAGACCAGCUUGUUUCACACCAGAGAACUCAUUCAGGACAGAAACCCUAUGGGUGUCAUGACUGUGGGAAAGCUUUUGGUUUGAAAUCACAACUCAUUAUACAUCAAAGAAUUCACACAGGGGAGAAACCCUAUGAAUGCAGUGAUUGUCGGAAAGCUUUUAAUACAAAGUCUAACCUCAUGGUACAUCAGAGAACCCACACGGGGGAGAAACCCUAUGGUUGUAGUGAAUGUGGGAAAGCCUUUACUUUCAAGUCACAGCUCAUUGUACAUCAGGGAGCACACACUGGGGUAAAACCCUAUGGCUGUAAUCAGUGUGGAAAAGCGUUCAGUUUGAAGUCACAACUCAUUGUACAUCAGAGAAGUCACACAGGAGUGAAACCCUAUGGAUGCAUUGAAUGUGGGAAAGCUUUUAGGAGCAAGUCCUACCUCAUCAUACAUAUGAGGACUCACACAGGAGAGAAACCACAUGAGUGCAGUGAAUGCGGGAAAUCCUUCAGUUUCAAUUCACAACUUAUUGUACAUCAGAGAAUUCACACGGGGGAGAAUCCGUAUGAAUGCAGUGAAUGUGGAAAAGCCUUCAGUCGGAAAUACCAGCUCAUUUCACACCAGAGAACUCAUGCAGGGGAGAAGCCCUAUGAAUGCAGUGACUGUGGGAAAACUUUUGGUUUGAAGUCACAGCUCGUGAUACAUCAGAGAACUCAUACAGGAGAGAAACCCUUUGAAUGCAGUGAAUGUCAGAAAGCCUUUAACACAAAGUCGAAUCUUAUUGUUCAUCAGAGAACCCACACAGGAGAGAAACCCUAUGGUUGUAGUGAAUGUGGGAAAUCCUUUACUUUCAAGUCACAGCUUAUUGUACAUCAGGGAGCACACACUGGGGUGAAACCCUAUGGGUGUAAUCAGUGUGGAAAAGCCUUCAGUUUGAAGUCACAGCUCAUUGUACAUCAGAGAAGUCACACAGGGUUGAAACCCUAUGGAUGCAUUGAAUGUGGGAAAGCUUUUAGGAGCAAGUCCUACCUCAUCAUACAUAUGAGGACUCACACAGGAGAGAAACCACAUGAAUGCAGUGAAUGCGGGAAAUCCUUCAGUUUCAAUUCACAACUUAUUGUACAUCAGAGAAUUCACACGGGGGAGAAUCCGUAUGAAUGCAGUGAAUGUGGGAAAGCCUUUAAUAGAAAAGAUCAGCUCAUCUCACAUCAGCGAACUCAUGCUGGGGAAAAACCUUAUGGGUGCAGUGAGUGUGGGAAAGCCUUUAGUAGCAAGUCAUAUCUCAUUAUACACAUGAGAACUCAUUCUGGAGAGAAACCAUAUGAGUGCCACAAAUGCGGGAAAGCCUUCAUUUGGAAGUCGCUACUCAUUGUACACGAGCGCACUCAUACAGGGGAAAACCCUUAUAAAUGCAGUCAAUGUGAGAAGUCCUUCAGUGCAAAAUUACGGCUCAUUGUACAUCAGAGAAUGCACACAAGAGAGAAGCCCUAUGAAUGCAACGAAUGUGAAAAAGCCUUCAUUAGGAAGUCUCAGCUCAUUGUACAUCAGAGGACUCAUUCAGGGGAGAAACCCUAUGGAUGCAGUGAAUGUGGAAAAACCUUCUCUCAGAAAUCAAUUCUCAGUGCACAUCAGAGGACUCAUACAGGAGAGAAACCCUGUAAGUGCAGUGAAUGUGGGAAGGCCUUUUGUUGGAAGUCACAGCUCAUUAUGCAUCAGAGAACUCACACAGAUGAGAAACAUACUGGUGAAGUAAAUGUAAGAAACUUUCUCUCAAAAGUCAAGUCACAGGAAUUCCCAGAAAAUUUGUACAGGAGAGAAACUCUGUAAAUGGAAUCAUCUCAUUGUACACCAUGUAUAUGUGGCAUGUGGAACGCUGUUUUUUAUACACACAAAAAAUAUCAGUACACGUGCACAA